UGACAGCCCCAAAGCCCUGCCUGUGUUAGGGGAGCAAUCGAACUCGGAUAAUGACAUAAACGAGUCGCUGUUCAUCUGGGGAAUCUCAGACAAAGCAGCCCAGAGGAAAACCAUCUCUGCCGAUGAAAGCUUGUUUCACUUGCAACAGGAGAAGCAGCAGCCGCGACCAGAGCCCGUGCACAAGCUGGGGAGAGGUAGAGGGAGGCUGAGGCUGCCGCCUAGGCUACCCUUUAAAGACAGGCAUUUCACUUGCAGCAAAAUCAUAGGAAGGAGGUUUGUUUGCUUUGCGCAGAAGCUGAGCCACAGAAGAAAGCGAAGCCAAUGUGAUUUAUUGAAUGAAAGCACUAGACAAUUACCAACAACUUGUUCCUCUGCUGUCUCGAAUAGCCUAAGCUGGAAUUGCCGUAUGAAAAUGACCCAACAGAUGCAGAAUUUACAUCUUUCUCAGUCAAAAAAACACAGUGCCCCAUCGUCUCCUAAUGCUGCCAAACGCCUAUACCGGAACCUCUCAGAGAAACUGAAGGGGAGCCACUCUUCCUUUGAUGAAGCCUAUUUUAGAACAAGAACCGAUCGGCUGAGUCUCAGAAAGACUUCAGUGAACUUCCAGGGCAAUGAAGCCAUGUUUGAGGCAGUUGAGCAGCAGGACAUAGAUGCCGUGCAGCUCCUCCUGGACCAAUACACACCAGAAGAGCUCGACCUCAACACACCUAAUAGUGAGGGGCUGACACCUCUGGAUAUUGCCAUCAUGACCAACAACGUGCCCAUUGCAAAGAUUCUUCUGAAAAUAGGGGCUCAGGAAAGUCCACACUUUGUCAGCUUGGAAAGCCGAGCAAUGCACCUCCACGCACUGGUCCAGGAGGCCCAGGACAGGGUGAGUGAACUGUCUGCCCAGGUGGAGAAUGAAGGAUUCACUCUGGACAAUACAGAGAAAGAGAAACAGCUGAAAGCUUGGGAGUGGAGGUAUCGGCUCUACAGACGCAUGAAAACAGGCUUCGAACACGCCAGAGCCCCUGAGGUGCCAACCAAUGCCUGUCUCAUGGUAACCAGCAGCGUGUCUCUCACUGUCAGCUUCCAAGAGCCUCUCAGUGCCAAUGCAGCUGUAGUGACCAGGUAUAAAGUGGAAUGGAGUAAAUCUAAAGACUUUUCUCCUUUGGCUGGAGAAAUCAUCAUGGAUAACCUGCAUACCUUGAGAUGUACAAUCACAGGACUUACAACGGGACAACAAUAUUUCGUCCAAGUCUCAGCUUAUAACAUGAAAGGAUGGGGACCGGCUCAGACGACGACACCUGCAUGUGCCUCGCCUUCUAACUGGAAAGACUACGACGACAGAGAGCCCAGACACAAGGGACAGAAUGAAGUUCUAGAGAGUCUGCUCCAGCAGGUCCGAGCCCUUCAUCAGCAUUACAGUUGUCGGGAAAGUUCAAAAUUACAAACCACAGGCCGUAAACAGUCAGUAUCAAGAAGCCUGAAACACCUAUUCCAUUCCUCAAACAAGUUUGUGAAGACCUUAAAACGGGGACUCUACAUAGCUGUUAUAUUUUAUUACAAAGAUAAUAUGUUAGUCACGAAUGAAGAUCAAAUACCCAUCGUUGAGGUGGAUGACUCUCACCCUAGUUCCAUUAUGCAAGACUUUCUGUGGUUCACAAAGCUGUCCUGUAUGUGGGAAGACAUAAGGUGGCUAAGGCAAAGUGUACCUAUCUCAAUGUCCUCAUCCACGGUGCUGCAAACUCGGCAGAAGAUGCUUGCUGCGACAGCCCAGCUACAGAAUUUACUUGGAACGCACAACUUGGGAAGAGUUUACUAUGAGCCCAUUAAAGACCGGCAUGGAAAUAUGCUUAUAGUCACUAUCAGAGAGGUAGAGAUGCUUUAUUCUUUUUUUAAUGGCAAAUGGAUGCAGAUCUCAAAGCUGCAAAGCCAGAGGAAGUCUCUGUCAACACCUGAGGAGCCAACAGCCUUAGACAUUUUACUGAUAACCAUCCAGGAUAUUCUUUCCUACAACAAAAGGAGUCACCAGCGUCUCUCUCCUGGACUUUAUCUAGGUUACCUAAAGUUAUGUAGCUCUGUGGAUCAAAUCAAAGUUCUUGUAACGCAGAAGUUACCCAACAUUCUCUGCCACAUGAAGAUUCGUGAAAACAGUAACAUUUCCAAAGAGGAGUGGGAAUGGAUCCAAAAGCUUUCUGGCUCUGAAUCUAUGGAAAGUGUGGAUCAUACUUCUGACUGCCCCGUGCAAUUGUUCUUCUAUGAGCUCCAGAUGGCAGUGAAAGCUCUCCUUAAGCAGAUCAAUAUACCUCUACACCAGGCAAGGAACUUCCGCCUCUACACACAGGAGGUGUUGGAAAUGGGUCACAAUGUGUCCUUUCUUCUCCUGCUCCCUGCCUCAGACGACGUCUGUACAGCCCCAGGACAGAAUAAUCCUUACACCCCACACUCAGGGUUUCUUAACCUCCCUCUUCAGAUGUUUGAACUUGUUCAUUUUUGCAGCUACAGAGAGAAAUUUAUUAGUCUGUAUUGCCGCCUUUCUGCUAUUGUGGAGCUGGAUUCUCUGAAUACUCAACAGUCCCUGAGGGAAGCAAUCUCAGACAGUGAGGUUGCAGCUGCCAAACAAAGACACCAGCAAGUUUUAGAUUUCAUUCAGCAAACAGAUGAAGUUUGGCGUGAAAUGAGAUGGAUCAUGGAUGCUCUACAAUAUGCAAGAUACAAAAACCCAGUUUCUGGAUUGCUUAUCACUAAGCUAUUAGACCCUUCAGAUGAGCAGAACCUGAAGAAAAUUAACUCUACAUCAUCGCAUACAGACUAUCUUCCAUCACCAUCAGCGUCUCCUGAGAUGCACAGAAGAAAGGCAGUGAGUGAGUCGCAGCCCUGCUCGGAUGAAGAGGCCUGCUCGGAAGUGUUCCUCCCCACCGACAGCGACUAUGACUCCAGCGACGCCCUGAGCCCCCGGGACCUGGACCUGGUCUACCUGUCCUCGCACGACAUCGCCCAGCAGGCCCUCAGCGGCCUCAGUGGCAGUGCUCCCGACGUCCUACAAGUGCACGACGUGAAGAGUCCGACGGGGCCAGGCCGAGACGCCCUGGGCCGGGCACGAGGCCCAGAGCCGGACCACGCGUGCGCAGAGCUGCUCCACAGCCUGACACUCACGGGAUUGGUGCCCAAGACCCAUGCCAACAUGGCGGCGGGCGCGCGCCCGCCGAUGGGCUUCCUGGGAAAGCGGAAGCCGGGCAAGCACCAGCAUUACGGCGGCUUCAGCCGCCACCACCGCUGGCUGCGCAUGCACAGAGAGACACAAUCUUUGUCGCUUUCUGAGGGUAUCUACACGCCACACCUGACCCGGGCCUGCGGCCUGGACCGGGAGCCAGGGGAAGCCACGCAUCCCGGUCCUGCCCUAGAUGGGGCUCGGGGCCUAGUCCUGGCUCACGCCACCAGCCUCCCGGAGGAGCGGAAGGGUUGCCUGCAGGACCCUAGGCCUUCUGUCCGCCGCAUCUAUGUGGAGCCCUACGCCGGGGCCCUUGUGGGCCAGGAUACAAAGCCGUGGGCCAGCUUGAGCCCCACGCCUGGAGGCCGCACCCGCCUGCCUAGCCCGUUGGCUCCCGAGAUGAACCCGGAGGGCCCCACCUCACCGGUGUCAGAAAUACUCAGCAGCAUGCUUUAGGGAGCCGCAAGCUGGCUGUCCACUGCAGCAUCCCCAUCCUUGCAUUUCCCUUCAUCCUAGCCCCAGACUGCCCACUGCCUCCCCAACCCAUUUUCAAAUGCUUUGAACAUUACAAAUCAAAGGUUACAGGUGCAAGGCCCUCUUUGUGGAAAGUACAGUUGGAGUGGAGGCCAGAGUGGCCAAGGCCAUUCCCAUUUCAGCCUAGAAAAGGUAUGGAGGAGGUUUUGUGUCAGCAUAAAAAGUGCCGCCCAGUUCAUAGUGACCAUAGCUGGGGUAGACCAGGCCAAAGAGACACCCUCAGCUCUGCAGCUGGCUCUGUAAUCUGACCGCUGUGCUUAGCCUCUUUCAUGAAUUUGGAUUAAGAGACCGUUUGAUAGAUAGAAAUAAGAUUGGCUUUGGUUUUCCUUCGGAUCCAAACCUUGGUAAGAGUUUGGGGGAAAGAGACCCAGGCUGUAUCUUCAGGCCAUGGGAUCAAGAAGGCGUUGUUAGGUUCUCUGUCACCUAAACCAGUCAUGCCAAAAUCCAGGGUUGUCCAGAUCCAAUUUAUCAAAUCCAAUUUAUCAUCAGCACUUCCCUAAUUAAGUAGGCCUUGCAUAAGGCCCUUUGUGCUGUGUGGUGAUCACCAGAAACAAAAGUAUAGGAUAUUGCUAGCUCUGUCUUACAAAGAUAGAAUAGGGCAAGAGAAAACCCAGCACACUCAGCUUCUAUUUAAAGCUGAAAGCGAACAGCAGAUUGUUCCAAGGUGCAAGGAGUGCAUGAGUUAAGUGAAAGCCUAGUUUAUAAGAUAAGAGGGAGAGAAACAUGAACAAAAGUGUAUUUGCUUUACAAUUUAAAACAGGCAAACUAAGUCUGUCAGUGAAAAUCACAUUGAAUCUUCUCCAGAUUAUGAAGUGAUGAAAUCGUUGUGGAACAAGAACGUGCCCUCACAUAUGGUCAUAGACUCCUCACAGCCCCACAAGCACAUUUCUAGCUCCACAUCACAGGUGAAGAGACAAAUUGCCCAGAGCUACAGUGGCUACUUUCCUUUUUUGGCCACUACUCUGAGCAUGAGUUUUGCCCCUAAGAUCAUCUAGGCAGGUGGCAACAAGGAAAAUCUUUCCUUCAAAGUCCCCACCAGUGGGUUGUUCCAAAAACGUGCUCAAAAACACCUGGAAAUUCCGUUUUGGUCACAUCAUCUACUACCUAAAUUUCUCACUAAUAAGAAAGACAAAUCACACUGCCUUUUCCGGAAAGGCAUGAGUCUUCUCAGCUCCUGAAGCCAAGACCCAUUCAGUUCACUGACAUUCUAAAUGGUCCUUUUCUGCUUCACAGACAUUUCAGUUAUACAUUGCUCUUGUGGCCCUGUCCCUCUCCUCAAAGUCCUACCAUUUCUCCUCAUGGGAGUUCAUACAAAGUCCCAACGUUAUUCUGAUCACUUCCAUUUUUAAAACAUUUGAUUUAAACAUAAAUAAUUACCUUGCUGGAAAGGUACAGACUUGGCCCAUGGUCUAUGGUCAUUAGAAAAAUAAUGCCCAGAGUUCAACUUUAUUUUUUUAAGAUAUUUUAUACUCAGUGAACCUCCCAAAGAAUCUUAAUCAGAAUCACUACAGCACCUUUUUCAUGCCUGGAAGGAUUUUAAAAUAUAGUUUUCUUCUGUCAGCGAAUUCUAUGCAUAUAGGAGGAGUGAAGGUUAAAACUAGAAGGGAUCAUAAAAUAUCUUAAAUACUUUACAGGGAGGGUACUUAGAACUCAGAGAGGUUAAGUGACUUGCUCAAGGUCACAGCUUGUUUAGUCUCAGUGAAGAACCCACAACCAUUCCCUAUAUAGCUGGCUGUCCCAUUGGGAAUUGGUACACAGCUAGUCAAGUCUUAUCUGCAGGUAAUUUACUCUUUAUGAAAACUAUCUACUUCUUAUUUUAGAUUCAAGUCCUUUUCUCUCUUUUUUUUUUUUUUUUUUGUCUUUUUCGUUUUUUUUAUCGGUACCAGGGAUCGAACUCACGACUGCCUGCUUGCAAGGCAGGUGCUUAUGCCACUGAGCUAAAUCCCCAGCCCCAAGUCCUUUUCUCAAAGUCCUUUACCAAACAAAUUUCCAGAAUCAACAGAGCCCCUUACUACUGGGGAAUACAAAUGUUAGGUAAUGGCCAUCUGAGCCUGUUUGCCUUUUAUAAAGCUGAUUUGAAAGGGAUUUCAAACUAUGCCUCAGUUAAUAACAGAGUUAUCUGCGCUCAAUUUCUACUUACUUUUAACUGGAAGACAGUUUUUAUAUGUUGAAUGAGUUUGUGAGAUGAAGUAAUGGGACUGUCAAAAGCUAACAAGCCAAGCAAGGCUCUGGUUCUGAUGGCUUUGCUGACUCAGGAGGCAGGUCUGGGACCGGGAAUUAGAUGGGAGGCAUUCAAUAAGCAGUUAAGGCGUAGACUUCCCACCCUUCUAAUCCCUCAUUUGGUCAGUAAAUUCUCACUUUCUGGGCCCAAGUGGCAUUAAUUUGUAAACCUACUAAUUUAUAGAGAAGACACAAAGUUUAUUUCCAUUUUCCAUGAGAAAAAGAGACAUUCUCAUGACACGAAUAGUGCACAGUACAUUUCAACAGGCAUACUUCCACUUGAAAGUACAUUUUGCUAGCAAGAUUCCCAUGAAAAGUCAAUAUGUUAUAUCCUCAAUAAUUAGCUAUUUAUUCAGGUAGUAUCAUGCUACAAUUCCACAACACUUGUGAGACCAGUCUAAAAUUAAUAUAUUCUUGUGACAAAAACAGCGUGUUCCCUAGUUCAGAUUUUUAUUCAUUCAUACUAAUGAUAGACUUCACAAAGUCUAGGGAUUUUUGUUUAUAUUAUUAGUUCUAUUUUUGUUUGUUUUGUUUUAGAUACAUUUGAUUUGCUUUUUUAUUCUUCUGAAAUCCAGUCUGGAGGAAACUUUCCUGUCCCAGGUCUUCUUUUCUGGUUUUUUUCUAGUACACUUUAUCUGCAUUUCCCAGCUCUGAUCCCUUGGGGAAAUUUUAAAAAUUAUUGACUAUCAGAUCUAUGUCUAUUCUAAUCACCACAGAGAAGCAAAGAAUCAAUUGUGAAAUACGUUCUUGAGGCACAAGAAGCCCACAAAUCUUAUCUAAGAAUGUGGCCAUACACUGACCAUGCAUGUACCUUGUGACAUAUGUCUUAGAAGAGACAGGAGCCUGUCACCAUGGCCUCACAGACACAACUCACGUCUGGCUAGAUUUCUUUUAUUUCACUCCUGUCUAUUGAUGAAGGCGGCCAGCCAGAAAAUGUAAGUCGGAGAUGCAUACUCUGGGCAAUCAUUGGCAAGGCUCUCACACCCUCUUAAUUGAUGAGGGUACCUAGGGGACAGUCAUUAAAAACGUUCACUCUGGGGAAGGAUAUUUUGAGAAGUGGGUACUUCAAGAUGAGAACCAUUCCGUUUUAAGAACAUCCACUAAUGCUCGAAGCAAUAAUUACACCAGAGAAAAUGGUUCCAUUUGGUUUGAAAAUUGAAGCCACUUAGUAAUAAUAUUCUGCCAGUCCCCUUUCCUGAAGGAUCCCAAAGCACUUUAUGAAAAGCAAUGACUGAAGCCUUGUUGCACUCCCCUAAAGGAACCUUGUCUGGGAGCCACCUGGCAAACACCUACCCCAUCCUUGCCAGGAGAUCAUGCCAGACAAGUAGAAAAGAGGACUGGCCUCUCAUUCAUUGUUAUCGUGCCACACAGACAUGUACCCUGCUGAGGGUUAAGCUCUUCCCUGGAAGAUAACUCUGUUAGACAAGGAGACCUACCAGAAAACCCCAACUCUGUGGCCUUCCCUUGUUCUCCACAAUCCACCCCAGCUGUAUUCACUUUCUCUUGGAGAAAUAUCAAAUCAAAUUGUCCAGGGAUCUGUGGUGCAUUUUAGUUCCCUAGUUAUGUUAACAGCAUACAGAAUUCACUGGCUUCGGAAAAUGUAUACAUAUUAGGAAAAGGAUGCCAGUAGUCUGCAGCUUCUUAAUUUUAUAGGUAGCAGAGCUACGACAGAGAGUACAUACCUUGAUGUAUUUCUUUAUUAAACUCUAACAUACCAAUUAGAGAGGGUAGUUACAGAUUAGCAAGAGACUACGCUUUGUGAAUUGUGUUAACAUUGUCAUUUUAUAAAGCAUAAGUAUUUUUCCAAAUUAUUUAAUGAAGCAAACCUGGAAUUUUUUAAGGUCAUAUUUUUCAAGAAAAAAAUGUGGGAAGCUAUUUGGAAAGCAAUGGUAUCUCUAUAUGGGUAGUAGGGUUAACAAGGAAAAAAUUUGUUUCUUUGCUGGUCACUUCUUAUAAGAUGUUCAAACACAUGGCUUAUGACUGUUAAGCUAAACUUCAAUGCAGCCUUACAACAACAAGGGUAGUGUAUUUGAAAGUAUGUUGUACAGCUUGGAAACUUAUUCUAAGAUCUUAAUUCAGAGUUUUUCUGAGGUGUUGAACUUUGCCAUUAGCAAAAAGUAUUUUUAGAAAAAAAUCCAUUGACUGUUUAUGAAGCACUGAUUUUGCCAUAUUUCAGGUCUCUGGUUUUUCCACUGCGUCUGCACACAGUAGUUAUAUUUGGUUUUUUUUUUUUCAAUCAUUUCUUCUAUUUUCAUUAAUAAUUAAUUUAUAAGUGGUUAUUCAAAAGAACAGUUGGUUUUGCUUAACAAUGGGUAAAUGGACUGCCUACAUAUUCUAUUUUGAUAAAGAAAGUAGGUUUGUUGUUGUUGCCGUUUUCUUACAUAUUAUCUUUAGGGUCCUUUCUAUACUGAUACAUUUUUUAUUUCAGCAAAAGCCAACAUGUGUAUAACUUAGUGGCAAAUGUUAUGAAGUUAUUAGUUUGCUUCUCUUCUUUCAGUCCAUGAUGUGAAAGUCUGAAUAUACAUUCACAAUAAGCACUACCCAAUAACUGAUUUUCAAAAACCAAGUCUGGCAAAUUUUAAGUCAGCUUGAAUUUCUGUGUUGCCUCUUGCCUUGUGAUCAACCAGAUGAUUGGAGAUAUUUUAUGUAUGUCAUCACAAGCAUCAGUUUGAUGUUUGUGAUAGCAAAAGAAUUUGUGUGGUGUGUGUGUGUGUGUGUGUGUGUGUGUGUGUGUGUGUGGUGGGGGAAAGAAGUUUCAUAGGAAAAGUAAUUUAAGUGACGUUCUAUUAAACAGUGUUUAAUUGCUUCCUGCAUAAUAUGUACAUAAUAAUCUGGCUGAUUAUUGUUUGUUAUUUGUUCAGAAUUUAUUGUGUCUUGUUACUAUGUAUGCCUGAGUGUAUGUUAAAGUUUAAACCUCAGUAUACUAUCUGCACAAUUUUGUGUGCUUUACGCCUCUGUAAAUAUGAAUCAUGUAUGGUGUGUUCAAGGUAACCUCCAAUCUUGAGACAAUAAUAUUUUGUAGUAUACACAUUUGGAAACUAUUUGAACAUUUUAAAUGGAUAUUGUAAAUGACAGGUACCUUCCAUUGAAAACAGCACAGGUUACAUGUAUGCCUCUUUUACGUACCGAUUUAGAAGAGGAGGUCAGGGGUUCAUAAGAAUUAAGAUAAUUUUAUAAUGGCAAGUAUUUUUGAUAAUUUCCUACCUGCCUAAUUGUAUUUUCAAGAAAAAUUUUCAGCAGAAGAAAUCUUAAGUAUCAGAGGGAAUGACUUUGUUUCAUAAGCAUUGAAUAUACUUCAUAUCCCACCCAAAAUUGUUAAAAUCUAGGUCAAGGGUGAAGAAGUCAAAAUAUUUUUGAUUCUUCAUGACAUUUUUUGUUGUUUAAAUAAGUUUGUGAGCCCUUUGUCUUCAGUGUGAAGAAAUGUCAAUUAAAUAGUAAACUUCGUUUUUGGUUUGGAGAAAUAGCAAUUAAAUAAUAAACUAACAGAAUUCUCAGUA